AUGCUCACCUUUGAGGUGGACGCGCAUUUGGCGGGCCUCAAGGUGGAGUGCUGGGCCAAGGAGAAGAGCGGCAAGACCAGCCUGGGCGAGGUGAUCGUCCCGCGGGCCUCGCUUCCGCUCAACUGCGAGGCCGAGAGCUGGUACACCCUGGCGCCCGGGAAGGACACCAAGCCGAGCAAUCUACGCACAUCCGCCUCGCCGGCCGAACUUUACCUGCGUCUCAACUACCAAUCGGUGCCGACGGCAUCGCCAGUGAAGGACCGGAUGAAGCUGCGGCGGCGCAGCUCGUCGCUGCUCCGGCGACAAAAGCGAAAAGAGCUCGAACGCAUCUUCCCGCUUUCACCCGAUGAAGAGCUCCUGCGCACCAAGAAGUGCUAUAUGAGCAAGGAGAAGGGGCGACUCUAUGUGACCAACCUCCACGUCGGGUUCUACGAGAAGAAGAAGGCCGGCGUGUGGCUCGAGUACCCCCACAUUCUACACAUCUCAGUCGAGGGCAGCGACCUCUUCAUCACCGAUCACAACACCAACGAGUAUUGCUUUCACGAGGGAGCGAAGAUCUACAAGGUGAUCUACGCGUUGUGGCGCGGCGGCAGCGCGGUGGAGGAACUCGCCACCACCGAGGACUCGGACUCGCUCGGGAGCGACCCUUCGAGUCCGGGUCCCGACCCCAUCCCCUACCCCCGAAGCAUGAGCGAUCCUCAUCAGCCCGCCGUCUCCGAGGGAGCGAGCCCACCAGUCACCACCAAGCACAAGAAGUUCUCUUCGACCCGCUAUCGAGCGUUCAAGGGCGAGCUCAGUUCCUUGCGUACGCUGAGCAACAGCGACGGCUGCCUCCAAUCCAAAAUCGCUCCCGAGGAGCCAUCUGCUGCGCCGGGGAGGGUGCGGAAGCGCCUAAGCACGGGCCUCAGACACUUCCUGCGCCCAGCCGAAGUCGACAAGAACAACAAACAGCUGCACCAGCAAAUGAGCGACUCCCAGGCCUCCCCCGUCGUCACCGCCGUCGUCGACCUCGACAAGAACAACAACGCCAGCGGCAGCAGCGGCAUUAUCCACGGCAGCAGCAGCGGCCACAACAGGGACCGCAUCGUGUUCACGAUGGAGGACGACGACCAGACCGAGGCCGUCGACGAGAAGACCAUGAUCGAGCAAGCGGCCAGCCACGCCUCGUCGAGCAACGACGGCCUGAACACCUGUCUGUACGCGUCGAGCGACCAGCCGCCACGGUCGGACCUGUACCGGCCCCGGGCCGACACCUGGGCCGGCCCGGGCCGUCGGUAUGGUGGCAACGACGACGACGACGAUGGCGACGAUGACGAGACCAGCGACGAGGGCGACGAGCGGGACCGAAGGGCGAAUGGGGCGAGGAGCGACGAGGGCGACGGCGACGGCGACGAUGAAGAUGAAGAUGAGGAGAAGGAAGGGGAGGAGGACGUGGUGAGUCUGUCGAGCGGCGAUAGCGACCCGCGCUCGCUGUCGUCGAUCGCGGUGUCGAUCGCGUUGGGCGCGCGGGACGACAUCGCCACCGAGCAGCUGCUGCACUCGUCGACAGCCACCACGCGCACCACCAGCGGGAUGGACGAGGAAUUCGAAGAAGGCGAAGAGGCCCGGCGGGGAGAGGCUGACGGCGAUGCCGCCGGCGCUGCCGCCGCAAGGCGCAGCCAGUCGCUCAUCCUGCCAAAGCGGCGGUGCAGCAACGCCGGCAUAUCGACCAAGGGCGACCAGGGCACGAGCCAGAUUCGUUUGCUGAUCAAGCCCAGCAAGUCCGACCCCAACACCCUCGUCGUCAAAGUGAUCUCGGCGCUCAACCUGGACAUCCCGCGGGGCUGCGUAUGCGAGAGCGUCUUCGUGCAAGUCCAAUACGCCCGACAGACCGAGAAGACCGAGGCCGUCAACGGGUCAUCGUCUUCGCUGUUCUUCAACCAAAAGAUCAAGUUGUACGUGGACUCCACCCCUCGCUUCGAUCGAAAGUUUACAUUCAAACGAAUGAAUAACCAAUACUUCGCCGUGGUGGCCAAUUGGAUUGGGGGAAAGAGCGAGUUCAUCGACGUCACGUGCUGGUACGUCGACCCGAAGCGCGGGCGGGACGUGUUCGUGGGCCAGGCCGUCGUGCCGCUGCCCUCGCCCGUGCACGGCGUGCGAUCGUACCGCAUCGACGGCUGGUACGAGCUCGUCGACCGCCGCGUCAAGGCCGUCAGCCAGCUUCGUCGGCGCAUAGGCGGCGUUGUCCGCCUGCCGGACGCUUCGCCCCGGGCGCCCCACGCCACUUCCUCCGAUGACCCCUCGGAGAGCGGGUCGGUGGUGCGGAGCGGGCCGGACCUGCACGGGUCGGUGAUCAUCCACGCCACCGGGUCGGCCGACCAGGUGGGCGUCGCGCACGGCGGCGGUGCGAGCGCCGCCGACGACGACGAGCCCACGGUGCUCGAACAGCCCUUCACCGACACCGUCGAGUCCUACUCGUUCGACGACUGCGAGGACACGUUCGGGUUCGAGCGGUCGCUCAGCCCGCGGACGGAUGACGACACGCUCUCCUGGACCAGCCGAGCCACCACGCCCCGAGAGCGAUCGUCCGCAGAGGCAGCGCCGUCGCUGCGCCGGUCGCAGCAGCAGUCCAAGACGCCCCUCGCGAGCUCGGCCAACACGACGACGUUAGCACCAUCGUCAACUACGUCGCUGGCGUCGUCGUCGUCAUCGGCAUCAUCAGCGACGUCAUCACCACCAACACCUUCGUGCCUGUACCUGGUGGUGGUGUUUGCGGUACUCCUCGUGGGUGCUCUCUUCGAGAUCGCCAGACGAGAUCUCUGA